AUGGGGCUUGCUAAAGGCUUUGGUGCUGCCAUUUUACUGGUGAGCUGUGGGUUGCAAUACUUAGUCUGUGGAGUGCCAGGAUUUUGGGAUGACUCUUCUGUGCUGCAUUGUGGUUUGACCAGCCUGCAGUUUACUCUUCCUUCCUGGGGUGAGGCUGCUGCCCUUGACUUAACUGCUCUAGAUAUCAAAGGAACGUCUCACUAUAUUCACAAUAGCUCUGCUUGUGGGACAUGGGUUGGCCAAAAAACAGAUGGCUCUAUGAUUAUCAACUCUGCUUAUGAGGGCUGCUACGUGAGAGAAAAGGAUGGAGAAUAUGUGAUGACUAUUGGUUUAAAAGAGACUCUGCUUAAUGGAAAAGUUAAUCAUCACAAAAAGGAACUUAAAUGCCCAGUGUUAGCAGCUAUGGAUGCUCCCAGCCCAGAUGUGUGUGCUGCCAUCCAGAGAGGAGACAGGGUGUCCUGUGCUGCUCCUCCAGUAUCAAGAGACCUCUGUGAAGGUCUUGGGUGCUGCUUUAGUCCAACUGAUGCCAAUAUGCAAUGUUACUAUGGCAACAAAGUGACUGCACAGUGCACUGCUGAUAAUCAGGUUGUAGUUGCCAUUUCUAAAGAUGCAGCCGUUCCUCCACUAAUAUUGGAUUCUGUUAAUGUAAUCUCUGUGGACACCGCUACAUGCAAUGAUCUGAGAGUCACAAAGAGCAACUCCUUUGCUGUGUUUCAGUUUCCAUUGUUUUGUGGGAGGGCACAAAUGACUGAUAUUGAAAUAGUUUAUGAAAACCAGUUUGAAGCAACAAGAGAUGUAAGGAACUGGCAAGGGGCAUCAAUCACCAGGGACAGUACAAUGACACUGACUGUCCUAUGCAGCUAUUCCAGAACCAGCUCUAUCCCACUUCAAGUUGAGGUUGUCACCCUGCCACCACCUUCUCCUGUCUCCACCAUUGGCCCUCUGUCACUAGAGAUGAGGAUAGCUCAAGACCCAUCAUAUGCUGCAUAUUAUGCUGAAGUAGACUAUCCUGUGGUGAAGGUACUGAGAGAGCCAGUCUACCUGGAGGUCAGGAUUCUGAGAAGAACAGACCCUAACCUGGUGCUGGUACUAAAUGACUGCUGGGCCACCCAAUCUACUGAUGCCAGCCAGCAGCCACAGUGGCCCAUUAUAGCACAGGGUUGCGAAUUUUUUGGAGAUAAUUACUUAACAGAACUGAUAUCAACUGGUGCUUCCCAGAGCAUACCCUUUCCAGCCUAUUACCAACGCUUUACCAUUAGCACUUUCACAUUUGUUGAUUCAGGAACCCAGCUGCCUCUUGGAGGAUUGGUGUACUUUCACUGCAGUGCCUCAGUCUGUGUCCCAUCUGCUUUUGAUUCCUGCAGAGUAACUUGUGCUACAAGGAAAAAGAGAACUGCCAAAAAAUCAGUUAAAGAGCAACUGACUACCAUUGUGACAUCUGGACCCGUUGAAUUCCCUUUUGAAAUGGAGAAGUUUAGCAUUGAAGGUUCUCAUGAUUCUGAGUCCACUUACAAACUAUGGGCUAAAGGAACAGCUGCUGCUGGAGGGGUUAUGACUGUUCUUGUCAUUGUGAGUGUUUGGAUUUAUCAUAAAAGAAGCCCACACAUGUAUAAUGUGAAAGUUUAAUUAAACUUUUUCAAAAACA